CCGCAUGCGCGCGCUCGGAGCGUAGGGUUCGAGACGGAGUUCGACUCGAGUUCGGGGGACGGAUCGCUGGAGCGAAAGGGUCUCGGACUGGAACCCGGCGCCAUUCGGAGAGCAGGAGCAUGGAGGCGGUGGGCCAGAGGCCUGUCUUCCCCUCUCUGUCCCACUGUAGAAGAUCAUGUCCCAGUUCAAGUUGGAGCUGAGCCCCCUGAAGGAGCCGCUCGGAUUCAUUCGAGUCCUCCAGUGGGUCUUCUCCAUCUUCGCCUUCGCUACUGUCGGAGGCUAUUCGGGCUCGACAGGCAUCAGCGUGCAGUGCGAAGGUGGCGGUGUUCAGGAAGUCACGGCCUACUUCUCCUACCCGUUCAGGUUGCCCACCUAUCCGUACCAGGUCCCCCGUUGCCAGGGCAACGGCACGGCUUGGGUGGACGCUUACCUGGUUGGUGACUUCUCCUCCUCUGCCGAGUUCUUCGUCUGCGUCGGGGUCUUCGGGUUUCUCUACUGCAUAGCCACCCUGGUGCUCUACCUGGGCUACCUCCACGCCUACCGGGAGAAGAACCGAGGACCCGUUCUCGACUUGGUUCUGACGGGUGCUUUUGCCUUCCUGUGGCUGGUGUCCUCCUCCGCCUGGGGCAAAGGCCUCACCGACAUCAAGACGGUCACGAGCCCCUCCGUCCUGGUGGGGCUCAUUGACACCUGCAAGGUCGCGGGCAACAAGUGUGUCCCGGGGGCGCUGCCCUCCGUGGGCCGACUCAAUGCCUCCGUGAUUUUUGGAUUUCUGAACCUCAUCCUUUGGGGAGGCAACUGCUGGUUCAUUUAUAAGGAGACACCGUUCCACAAGCCAGCCAACGCCCCUGCUGGGGGUGAGGAAGGAGGAGAAGUGUCCUCACCUUCUGGGAAAUAACGCGGCAUCGUCCGCUGCGUCUCGCCUCACGUCCCCGAGACUCAUUUAAGUACAAUAUGGACAUUAUGCAGGAUGUGUUUCUCUUAUUUCUGUUUUUCUGUUGCGAGGGGGGGGGUAGUUUGACUUAGAAACGUAAGAUACUUUGCCAUGAAGACACACCUUCUCUGUUUACAGCCCCAUGUCUGUGUUAAAUGUUGAUCCGAAAAUGUGAGCGCCAAAGUGACGGAUAGAAAAUGUGGUUUUGGAAAUUUGGGAAGGUUGGAAUAUUUAUUUGUUAUCGUUCAUGUGGUAGCCGAUCGAUACUUCCAGUCAUCUUUUGUUAGGGGAACCUUUUUAUUAGUAUUUCUUUGAUCUAAAUAUGAAUCCGAUAUGGAUUUGGAUCCAGUAUUUUUAAUAAGACAGCUGUUCUACUGCUGGACGUUUCUAUAAGCGAUAGAUUGCGAAUAGGGGUUAUGUGACGAUACGUCCUUUCAUCAUAACACACGUGUACGAUGCUCAUAUGUGUUGACUGCCCUUAAUUAAUAACUUGUUGUUAUUAAUAGGUAAGUUAAAGCGUGCAAGAAUCUAAAUGUAACACGGGAUUAUUUAAAAAGUUAACACACAAUAAUUUUCAUUUAAAACAAAACAAACAAAAUGUUGCUCAGGUGUGCAAAUGUGUGUUUUGCCUGAUCAGCGUUGUUCCUUUCAUGUUUCGAGAGCAUUGAAAUACAGCGCAGUUGUAAUUUGUUCAGAAAGCAGGGUGCAGCGCUGCGUUUCGCAGUUUAACACCCAUAGUGAAGUGACUCUUUAGAGGUAAUUUCCAUGCUUCGCCAAAUUAUUUGAAGGUACGGGGCAGUUUGAGCAGGCGAAGGGUCCGCGGUCCUCAUGCACACGUGGUGGUUGGGUCCCUUCCAGAAUAAGAGCUCUUUGCAUGUUUUUUUUUUUUUUUAAAAAUCUUGUGAGUGUGUGAUUUUUUUU